GUUGCUGCUACACGCUCCAACUCAUCAAAAUUGUUGAAUCGUUUCAAUGGCAUCGCGCGUGCUUCCACGGCAUAUUACUCCAAUUACAACGUCAAACUUGAGUUCGGUGUAUGCGUGCAUAGUGGAGGGAGCAAUGGACGGGGGCAUAGGCCAGUUUUUGACGUCCUGCCUCGCGGAAGCACGGGAAAGUAGCAGCGCGACCGAAACGCGUCGGCCCAUCACGGAAAACAAGCGCAUGGACAAGAAUCAGAUGGACAAGAAGCACAUGGAUAUGAAGCACACGGAUACGAAGCACACGGAUACGAAGCACAUGGACACGAAGCGCGUGGGCAAGAAGCGCAAGCGCAUGGAGGAACAGGACGAACCGGAGGAUGAAGAAGAGCAGGAGCGAGGAAAGGCAAAACGCUGAACAAAGGCUUUAGCGUCCAAUACCCUGAUGAUACGGGCAUGGCUGGAACGGAGGUUACCUUGAACUUUGCUGAACUGAAUAGAAUGAAAUGAUG